AUGAACCCAUCUUAUGGUUCCCUGGAUGAAAAGGCGUUUAGGUGGGAAAGAUGUAUUAAAUUUCAUGAGAAAUUUCAUAGGAACGCGACUCCUGUUUUUACAGGAAUGGCAGAUAUUCUACCAAUCGGUACAAUCUUGGCUGUUGCCAUGAAUCAGGUCAUCAAAACUGCUCAUGCUGCCAAUGAUAUAGUCAUUGAAAAAGAAAGUUUCAAAAUCCUCUCAUCUCACCUCUUUGAUAUCCUCCGUGUUCUAAAGGAACUCGAGCUACAAAAACUAAACGAAUCACCACUUGCAAGAAAAGCUCUUGAAAACCUUGAAACAGAUGUGAAAAAAGCCAACACACUUGUGGAAAAAUACAAGAAUCGAGGUCGUUUCUACCUGCUAAUCAAAUGCAGACACAUUGUAAAGGAAGUACAAGAUGUGACAAGAGAUAUUGGUAAGUCUUUAAACACUCUAUGUCUUGCAAACACCGAAGUCCUAUCUGGAAUAUCUGAUGAAAUAAGUAGAUUACAAAACGAGAUGCAAAGAGCCGAAUUUGCAACGUGUCAAUCUCAUCUUCAAAUUCUUGAUAAAUUAAACGAAGGGCUCAUGAAUCAAAAACUUGAUCAGGGUUUUGCUAAUGAUAUAAUUGAAGAUAUAGCAAUGGCUGUAGGAGUUGUGAUUGAGCCUUCUGAGAUAAGAAAAGAGCUCGAUAGCUUUAAAAGAGAGAAAGAAGAAGCGGAAAACCGAAAAGAAAGAGCAGAAGUUUAUUUCUUGGAACAAAUUAUCGAAUUGUUGUCGCGUGCAGAUGCUGCUAGAGAUUAUGAACAUGUGAAAGAUCAGUAUAUGCAAAGGUUAAGAGUAAUCGAACGUCAUGAUUCAAAAUCAGAAUCCAUUCCACCUUUUAAAGCUUUCAUUUGUGGGAUUACUAAAAGUGUAAUGGUUGAUCCUGUUAGUCUUUCGAAUGGAACUGCUUAUUCCAGAGUGGCGAUUGAAGAAUGGUUUGGGUCGGGUGAAAAAACGGAUCCGGUUACGGGUGAAGAUCUUGAAGAUUUAUCUUUUAGAUCGAAUAUUCAGUUGAGACAAUCGAUUGAAGAGUGGAAAGAGCUUAAUUAUUGUAUGAGGAUUAGAUCUUGUAAGUUUAAAUUGAUGUUGAAAAAUGAUGAAUCCGUGAAAGAUGCACUUUUUCAGAUUCAAGAGCUUAUGAAAGAGAAUGUAAUAAAUAAAAGAUUGGAUUUCAAUUGGUGGUGUCACCAAAUUGCUUAUUGA